UGAAAAAGUAGGUGUUUGGGAUUUUGCAAACAGAACUAACUUGUGUUUUUCAUUUUGCCACACGGGGUUGCUUACAUCUGGCAACGCUGCUCCAAACUUUCACUUUAAGAAGGCGCGUCUACGCUGCGGUGUAGUGUGUUUAUUACGAUCCUUAAAGUGGCACAUGGAGAGCGGAGCUGAUUCCUGCAUGGCACAGAGAUGAUUCCUACCUACAGAUCGUUGUCCACAGUGAGGAGAUGCUUUGGAGAAACUGAUCCACGCACCGUCUUUGUGUAGUCUUAUUUUUUAUUUUAUUUUAAUUUUUUUGCGCGUGUCUUGAGUCAGUGUCUGCUCCAGUGUCUGCGGCAGCUCCUCACCAAAAGGCGCACAGCGAGCCGAGGGACGGGAUCAGCAGAUUCACACAGACGAGGCGGCGGAGGAGGAGGAGGAGGAGGUGGAGGAGGGAUCGAGAUCAAGCGAGACAUGAAAUAAUCACCAGUCAGCCGUCAAAAAGAAGAAAAAAAAGAAAAGGUGAAGCACACCGGGAGAGAAAUGGAGGCACCGCCGGGGACGAGCUGCUGUGAGCCCACCUUGGCCAAACGGGAGUAACCGAGACGAGAAACUGGUUGGGAUGGCAGCAUCCAGUAACUCCAGCCUCUCAGGUUCAUCUCUGUCCUCUGACCCUGAGGAUUAUCAGCCGCCCAUAUGGAAGUCCUACUUGUACCAGCUACAGCAGGAGGCGCCAAGACCAAAGAGGAUCACAUGUCCUCAGGAGAUGGAGAGCAGACCCAAAUACUAUGGCAGAGAAUUUCAUGGCAUGAUCUCUCGAGAUUAUGCAGAUGAGCUGCUGGCGGGCGCAGAGGGUGCUUACCUCAUCAGAGAGAGCCAAAGACAGCCAGGGACACACACCUUGGCCUUAAGGUUUGGGCACCAGACCCUCAACUACAGACUGUUUUAUGAUGGGAAGCACUUUGUCGGGGAGAAGAGGUUCGAGUCGGUCCACGACCUCGUGACUGACGCCCUCAUCACUCUUUACAUCGAGACCAAGGCGGCGGAGUACAUCGCCAAAAUGACCACCAACCCCAUCUACGAGCAUCUCGGUUACACGUCGCUGCUCAAGGACAAAAUGGUGCACAGACUGAACCGGGGACGCACAGAGCCGCGUAGGGUCACAUUUCAGAGAGACGAAAGGAUCUCCUCACCUCUGGUGCGACGGAGUGCCUUGAAAGACACACCUGAGAAGCAGUGCUCCUACGAAAAGAUCCACAACUUCAAGGUGCAUACAUUUCGAGGACCGCACUGGUGUGAGUACUGCGCCAACUUCAUGUGGGGCCUCAUCGCACAGGGUGUCCGCUGCUCAGAUUGCGGCCUGAAUGUACACAAACAGUGCUCCAAACUGGUUCCCAGUGACUGCCAGCCGGACCUGCGCAGGAUAAAGAAAGUGUUCAGCUGUGACCUCACCACGCUUGUCAAAGCUCACAACACGACCCGACCCAUGGUGGUGGACAUGUGCAUCCGAGAGAUAGAACUGAGAGGUAUGAAAUCUGAAGGUCUCUACAGAGUGUCUGGCUUCUCGGAGCACAUCGAGGACGUGAGGCUCGCCUUUGACCGAGAUGGCGAGAAGGCUGACAUCAGUGCCAGUGCCUAUGCAGACAUCAACAUAAUUGCUGGUGCUUUGAAGCUCUACUUAAGAGACCUCCCCAUUCCAGUCAUUACAUUUGACUUGUACUCCAAAUUUAUUCAAGCUGCAAAAAUUCCAAAUGCUGAAUCCAGACUGGAGGCAAUCCACGAAGGUUUGCUGCAGCUCCCCCCGGCCCACUAUGAGACUUUACGUUACCUGAUGGCUCACCUCAAGAGGGUGACCAUGUUCGAAAAGGACAAUUUAAUGAACGCUGAGAACCUGGGGAUCGUCUUCGGUCCGACUCUCAUGCAGCCGCCGGAGAUCAACGCCUUGACAACCCUGAAUGACAUGAGGCAGCAGAAACUGGUGGUGCAGCUUAUAAUAGAGCAUGAAGAUGUCUUGUUCUAAGGACCGAGGCAUGCGGGCCUUGUCAAAAAGAAAAAAGAAAAAAAAAGAGAAGGACAACUAUUUAUUCUGUCAAAGAGGAAACUCAAGCCACCUUGAUUCUAACAGUUUGAACUUGAAACGCUUCUUUCUCGCAUGACGGUUUUAAUUUCAGUUGGUUAGGUGUUGACAUUGUCUUGUUACUGUACGUUUUGGGUUUCCACACUCAGCCAAGACCAUCAUUUUUAUAUUGGGAAAGGAUCCUGUUGUUUUUUUUGGUUUUUUUUGUCUUUAACUACCUGCAGAGCUGUUCCCUCCUCUCUUUAAUUUGAAGACUGUCAAACCUACCUGGCGUAGACUCAGUCAUGAUGACAGCGCUGUGAGAAAUCUGCCCCGAGCGGAUCGUCAAUCAGGCCUGGUGCUGUGUAAACUAAACCUCACACAUCAGCCAAGGUGAUGCUCCCACGUGACGUGUGCAUAUUUUGAUUUUAAUGGGAACGCCGUAUCAAAAUGAAAUGAAACGAUCCUUUCGUUGUAGAUAAAAAUCAGAUCAUGCAAUGAUCAAUAUUUUAACUGUGUGCUAAAAAAACAAACAAAAAAAGAGACAAUUGGGCGCUCAUGAAGCACUUUUUUGCAACGAGUGUAAAGAUUUAUUUUGUAAAGAUGUUUAUUUUUGUCUUUUACUCUGCAUUGUUCUUUCGUUACAGUAAUAUAUGCUGUUGAGAAUGAUGUUUGUUGAAUUGAUGUCUGAAUACAAAAACGACAGAAAAGAAGAGUCGGAAAAGAAGUUUGUGGAUCUGCCAUUUUCAUUUUCAGUGUAUUUAGUGUUACGUGAGAAAAACGCAGGUGGAUUAAACACUGGUCAUUGAUUCAUGUCCUAUUGGAGACUGCAGCACAUGAGCAAAGCUCCUCUGUACACAUGCUGCUUGGCAGUGUUGCCAUGUUUCAGCUUACAUGCUGUAAUUUGGAAUAUUUUCAAGUGGAAACAUAAGAUUAUGGUCCAUUUUUUUCUCUUCCUUUUUUUUAAUGCCAGUAACAUCAGUCGGUGCAGCAGGAGUUGCCGUUCACUUUGCCAUAACUGUCAUCCAAAAGCUGUACCAGGCAUGUUCCUGUUAAACUUGGUUUAAUGUGAUUAAUUGAAUCCUUUCUACAAAUCCAUUUUAUCAAAAUGUAUUUUUGUGACAGUUGCAAUUAAAAAAAAAAAAAAAAAUGUAAUUUAUGAAAUGAUGAUUUAUUAAAGGAUGUAAAACUUGAGUUUAAAA